AUGUGCCUGUUCCGCCUCCAGUUUUGUUUGCUGGUCUCGCUACGCGCAGUCUCUACGUUGGACGACACUAUUCCCCGCACACUGACGCAACUGCGCGCGACGCAUAGAAAAGAUGUACCGGCUACUUUUUUGCGGAGAGGGGCAUCGAGGCGUCGGGUAACUAGAAACAACUUCAAAUACAUACAAAUUUCUCCUGGCACAUCAUCCCUUACUACAUAUACCGUGGGUACAACCCCUCCUGUCCUGGCCGGGACAUCCCCUUUUGCCCAGUGGUUAUUCACACACUCACAAUCACACUACUCCAAGAGCUCGUAAAAGUGCAGUCUUGCAUAAGAACCAAUUUCUACCUGGAUCGCAAUGUGCCGACCUGAAGUAGAACAGAACCAACGAUCUCCCGCAACGGUUGCUAGGCGGAUUUCGUCAUCUCCUGUCUUGUAGAACACUCCAUCUUCAUCUUGCUUUUGCCGAAUCCUCAGUUUCCUCUCCAGUUUCCUCUCUAGAUCCGCCGCCGUGAGUUUGCCCUCAUUCGUAUCGAUGAACUGGCGCAGAUCGCUCUCUUUGAGAUACCCAACACCAUCGUAUUGCUUUUCGCAGACAGCGCUUUGACUCGUCACGGACAGCGUCACGGACAGGAUUCGCAACUUUCCUCCUCCAUCAAACAUUGUAGUACCCAACGUCGCUAUUCGCGACCCGUCCCGGAACCAAGCAAUCUGCGCAAUCUUCAUUCGAUAUUCUUCACUGUUUGUGCACCUUAACAUCACCCCUGUCUCAAUAUCCCAUAUCGCAAGCUCUUCUCCAAUUCCAAGGGCUACGCGUCGUCCGUCGUCAGACCAUUCCAGCGGAUCGGGUGGUGAAUAUAUAUCCUUAUAAUAUCUCUCGAGCUGGCACUGGUACCGAUAUGUUACACCUGUCUCCCAAUUCCAGAUCAUAACUCCGACUCCGACUCUGCUUGGUUUCCCAUUUUCAUCAAUUACUUAUUAUAUCCAGUUGACGCGAUCCACUUGUCAUCUGGAGACCACUUCA